AUGGCCAAGGAGAGAUUGGAUGUUGUGGUAGAGGUUGGGUGGGCUGGCCAUGGUUGGAGAGGCGGACAGCCUAUUCUCUCCCCCAUCUUUGAGAUUGCUCGGAUGAGGGCUCAAAUCACGGAAGAGCGUGUAGCCGGUGAAAGAAGCCAUGCAAAGACGCAGGCGAAGCAAAACACCAGACCCAGCCUCUACGGUGGUGGGAUCCAUCAAAGAAACUCCGAGUACAAACACGCGCAAGUGUCCACUCCGUCCAAGCACUGCAGCUGCGUCUCCACAAAGAAGCUGCAAGAGGCGAGGCGAUGCUUCCAUCCAGCUUCUAGAGCGUCCAGCCCGAGUCCAAGCUCCGUCAAAGGACCGACCGACCUGGCUGGUGUUUGUUGGCAGAGACUUCAACAGCCAUUGCUCUUGCUCCUCGGCUUUGCGACCACAAGUGGUCCGGUGCGGUAUCGAUAUUACCUGGAUGGCGCCGUGGAGAAGAACAGCUCAGAGGGUCCGUAUUUUGCUGGCCGUUGCUCGGUUCCCAGAAUGCGCCAAUCCAGCACCCGCUCCAGCAUCACGGGAUCCCGCGCCUAUACAGGUCCGUUACCGCCCUCGUUAAUCGCCCAAUUUCGCUGCCAAUUUCCCUCUUCCCAGUCCAAGACUUUGAUCGAUCGCGGAGAACAACCGCUGAAGGGCCACCCCCAAGGACAGACAGACGGCAAGAAGAAGAAAAAACCUGGAAAGGCCAGCGCACGUUGCGCAGUGACCCUCGAGCGAGCCCAGACCCCCUUGCGCUGCCAGGUAUCACGGCUAGGGGGGCCUGGCAGGAAAACCGCAAAGGACCACACAGUGGGCGACUUUUGGGAGCUUGACGAUGGGCCAGGGGACGUGCGGACACUAGCCGGGCUGAACCCAUGCCCUGGUGGCUUGGAGAACGAUUUUUCUCCGUAUCGCAAGUUCCGCAUGCGGUGA